UGCACAGACUCCUAGUAGAGCCAUGCGUCAUCCUCCCUUGUUUCGACAGGCAGAUGUGUCUACAGAUCUCUACAACUUCUAACAAGGAUGAGAAAUUCAGGACGAAGUUUCUCUUUAUGUGAAGUGACUUUGCUAAUGGAACAUUCUAAAUGGUUGUAAAAGUGUCACUCUCAAAUAUCCUGCACGCUCCACGUGAGCUGGGAAUUAAAUAGUACACGGGAUUCACCAUCAGCAUAUAUUGCCAAACAUGAGAAUUUUAUACAAUCCCUCGGAUACCUGGUGCCUUCACCUGGUGCUACUACUACUCAUGCUCCUACCUCUGAACCAGGUCAGGGGAUCUCUGCUGGAGGACACUUUGAGGAAAUGGUCUCAAUAUAAACAAGACUGCAUGAAACGGCUGAAGGUUGAGAGGGGCCUGCUAACUGGUGUUCAUUGCAAUGGAACAUUUGAUCAGUAUGCCUGCUGGCCAAACUCUCGUCCAGGAAACGUUUCUGUUCCAUGUCCCUGGUAUCUCCCUUGGGCUCAGCCAGGAAGCACCGGGCUUGUAUACAGAUACUGCUCUGACGAGGGAGUUUGGCAAAAGAUGGAAAACUCAACAAGCAUUUGGCGGAAUCACAAGGAAUGUUCUGCAAAUAAUCACUUCAAACCAAAUGAAAAAGAACAUGCCUUGCUUUCUGCUCUACAAAUCGUUUAUACCAUUGGAUAUUCCAUAUCACUUGGGACACUGGUUCUGGCCCUUGUUAUUCUCCUUAUAUUCAGAAAACUUCAUUGUACAAGAAAUUAUAUCCACAUGAACCUGUUUGCUUCCUUUAUCAUGAAAGCAUUGGCUGUCCUCAUAAAAGAUAUUGCCUACAAAAAUACUUACUCAAAAAAGCAUACUGAUGAAAUGGGUUGGAUGUCUUAUCUUACAUCAGAGGUAUCUACUUCGUGCAGAGUUGCUCAAGUGUUCCUGCAUUUUUUCGUGGGUGCAAAUUACUUUUGGCUCUUUGUCGAAGGCAUUUACCUCCACACGAUCGUAGUUACCGUAGUGCUUUCAGAGAAGGGAUUGCUGCUGAAAUAUCUUUUCAUUGGCUGGUUAUUUCCGCUCCUCUUUGUUACAUCCUGGGUAAUAGCAAGACUCUACUAUGAAAAUAAUGGAUGCUGGGGAAUAAACGACAGUCCUGGAAUCUGGUGGAUUAUCCGUGGGCCCAUGCUGCUUUGUAUAUUGAUCAAAUUUCUUAUAUUUAUCAAAGUUUUGAAACUCCUGUACUCCAAACUGAAAGCUCAGCAAAUGAAGUACACAGAUUGCAAGUACAGACUAGCGAGAGCCACGCUCGCAUUGAUUCCGCUGCUGGCGAUGCACCAGGUUGUGUUCAUGUUUAUUACAGAUGAGCAGGUAGAGGGAGUGACGCGACAUAUCUGGCUCUUCAUUCAGCUGACAUUCGACUCAUUUCAGGGAUUUCUGGUUGCCACUUUCUAUUGUUUUACCAAUGGAGAAGUACGUACAGAGCUGCGGAGACAGUGGAACCUUUUACUGUUACAUUAUUUUCCAUGCCAAAGCUAUCUCAUUGACAACAAGGUCAAGCAUCAGUCAAAAACUUCAAAGCCCCCAAGGAACAAGAUAAUCAGAAAAAAUGGGUUCUACCAAGAGGACAAGCAACCCAGUAGUGUUCAGCUUCUCAAUGUGAAGGUCAAUGUGGUUACAGAUUUUAACCCACAACGUCCUGUCCAGUAUUUUGCAAGAGGAAGUGUGUCAGAGAGUAGUGACGGUGGUUUCACAAUGGGCGAAACAAUAGAGGAAACCCUUGAAGAUCUAAAAUCUAAUGACUUUCAGAUAGAUGAUGCUGUCAUUUUAUGAACCCACUGAACUGAAAACCACAGGGAUAGCCGUCUCUUAUCUACAUUUGGUAAAAGUACAUAACAAAAACUAAUGUUUGGUGGUGAAGAAACCCAGGACACAGAAAUAAGAAAUAUUCCAGCCAGUGUGAUGCAAUGGCAACACAUUUGUGCAGUCCUUCUUAAAGGAGAAUUCAACCUAUUAAAAAACCCCUACCCUACAUAGACCCCCUCCCUCCUCCCCCCAGCC